GGAUGAGGAGGAUGUUUUGGGGUGUGAGGACGGCCGUGGGGUGGCUGCUGGCCGCCCUGUGGGUUUUGGGGUGCCGGCUGCCCCCCGGCGCCGGGCACAGCCUGUUCUCCUGCGAGCCCAUCGCGCUCAGGAUGUGCCAGGACCUGCCCUACAACUCCACCUUCAUGCCCAACCUGCUCAACCACUACGACCAGCACACGGCGGCGCUGGCCAUGGAGCCCUUCCACCCCAUGGUGAACCUGGAGUGCUCGCGGGAUUUCCGGCCGUUCCUGUGCGCGCUGUACGCGCCGGUGUGCAUGGAGUACGGGCGGGUGACGCUGCCCUGCCGCCGCCUGUGCCAGCGCGCCCACAGCGAGUGCUCCAAGCUCAUGGAGAUGUUCGGGGUCUCCUGGCCCGAGGAUAUGGAGUGCACCAGGUUCCCGGACUGCGACGAGCCCUACCCUCGCCUGGUCGACCUCAACCUGGCGGGCGAGCCCACGGAGGAGGCGCCGAUGGCCGUGCAGAGGGAUUACGGCUUCUGGUGUCCCCGGGAGCUGAAAAUCGACCCCGAGCUGGGCUACUCCUUCCUCAGGGUGCGGGACUGCUCCCCUCCCUGCCCCAACAUGUACUUCCGCCGCGAGGAGCUCUCCUUCGCCCGCUACUUCAUCGGCGUCAUCUCCAUCGUCUGCCUCUCGGCCACCCUGUUCACCUUCCUCACCUUCCUCAUCGACGUCACGCGCUUCCGCUACCCGGAGCGCCCCAUCAUCUUCUACGCCGUCUGCUACAUGAUGGUGUCCCUCAUCUUCUUCAUCGGCUUCCUGCUGGAGGACCGCGUGGCCUGCAACGCCUCCAGCCCCUCGCAGUACAAGGCCUCCACGGUGACGCAGGGCUCGCACAACAAGGCCUGCACCAUGCUCUUCAUGGUGCUCUACUUCUUCACCAUGGCCGGCAGCGUCUGGUGGGUCAUCCUCACCAUCACCUGGUUCCUGGCCGCCGUGCCCAAGUGGGGCAGCGAGGCCAUCGAGAAGAAGGCGCUGCUGUUCCACGCCAGCGCCUGGGGCAUCCCGGGCACGCUCACCGUCGUCCUGCUGGCCAUGAACAAGAUCGAGGGCGACAACAUCAGCGGCGUGUGCUUCGUGGGGCUCUACGACGUGGACGCGCUGCGCUACUUCGUGCUGGCGCCCCUGUGCCUCUACGUGGUGGUGGGGGUGUCCCUGCUGCUGGCCGGGAUCAUCUCCCUCAACCGCGUGCGCAUCGAGAUCCCGCUGGAGAAGGAGAACCAGGACAAGCUGGUCAAGUUCAUGAUCCGCAUCGGCGUCUUCAGCGUGCUCUACCUCGUGCCCCUGCUGGUGGUCAUCGGCUGCUACUUCUACGAGCAGGCCUACCGGGGCGUGUGGGAGACCACGUGGAUCCAGGAGCGCUGCCGCGAGUACCACAUCCCCUGUCCCUUCCAGGUCACCCAGAUGAGCCGUCCAGACCUGAUUCUGUUCCUCAUGAAGUACCUGAUGGCCUUGGUGGUCGGCAUCCCCUCGGUGUUCUGGGUGGGCAGCAAGAAGACCUGCUUCGAGUGGGCCAGCUUCUUCCACGGGCGCAGGAAAAAGGAGGUCGUCAACGAGAGCCGCCAGGUGCUGCAGGAGCCGGACUUCGCGCAGUCGCUGCUGCGGGACCCCAACACGCCCAUCAUCCGCAAGUCGCGGGGCACGUCCACGCAGGGCACCUCCACGCACGCCUCGUCCACGCAGCUGGCCGUGCUGGACGAGCAGAGGAGCAAGGCCGGCAGCGUGCACAGCAAAGUCAGCAGCUACCACGGCAGCCUGCACCGCUCGCGGGACGGACGGUACACUCCCUGCAGCUACAGGGGCGUGGAGGAGCGGCUCCCUCACGGCAGCAUGUCGCGGCUGACCGACCACUCGCGGCACAGCAGCUGCCACCGGCUCAACGAGCAGUCGCGGCACAGCAGCGUCAGGGACCUCAGCAGCAACCCAGUGACACACAUCACGCACGGCACCAGCAUGAACCGCGUCAUCGAGGAGGACGGCACCAGCGCCUGACCUUCCUCAGCCCGGAGUCAUCCUCAGCCUCAGCCGGGCUCGGCCUCCCCGCGCGGGACUUGAA